AUGCAAUCAUAUAUUCAAAACUUGAUGAACGAUCACGCUAUGGACCACGAAAAGGUCUGGAUUGUCGAUGACAAUGCUCGCAGUCUUCGCUCUUCGGAUCCUUUCCGUCGCAUGGCCGCCAAAGCCAACCAUCAAUCUCCUGAUGAAACAGACAGCGACGACAAUGACAGACGUGCCCAGAUGAGAGCAAGAGGUCCUCAACGAAGUGACUCGGCCAUUCCUUCAGGUGUGGAACGAUCCGACCGAAGAUGCUGGACAUCUCGUCUACGAAGAUCUGUGGGCUCGGAAUACAAAGCACCUCGAACCACCGCCGCCAUUGGACCACUCCAACGCAAGUGGUCCGAUAACCGGGAUUCUACCCUAUGCUGCCCUGUCCGAAGGGACAGCCAUGACAUUAUCAGUGUCGAUCUGAAUGCAUUGGAGUUCGAUUCCUCUGAAUUCAACUCUGGCGAGUUCUCAAUGGAUUCCAUCAUGGAAGAUCGCGAGUUCGAGAGAUAG